CUUGACUAUAAAAAGGAUCAGCAACAGCUAUUGAAAUGUUCAGUCCAGCAGAGAGUGCAUCAUGAGGGGUUUAGUGUUUCUGCUGUUGGUGGCUGUGUCCAGUGCUAAGGUCUACGAGCGAUGCGAAUGGGCCCGAGUGCUGAAGGCUUAUGGGAUGGAUGGCUACAGGGGCUACAGCCUGGCUGACUGGGUUUGUCUGAGCCAAUGGGAGUCAGGUUACAGCACCACCGCCAUAAACCUCAACACGACAGAUUACGGCAUCUUCCAGAUCAACAGCCGUUGGUGGUGUAACGACGGGCGGACCCCCGGCUCGAAGAACGCAUGUGCGAUCGAGUGCAGCGUUCUUGUUUCUGAUGAUGUCCGUGUGGCAAUCAAUUGUGCCAAACGCGUCGUUAGGGAUCCCAACGGCAUGAGAGCCUGGGUGGCCUGGCGCAAUCGCUGCGAGAACCGUGACCUGAGCUCCUAUCUGUUAGGAUGUGGUCUUUAAUGAAGGCAAAGUCGUUGACUCUGUCAAAGUCUCCCAUUUUUGGCAUGGAAGGGAGAGAUACUGAAGUCACAAAUGAUUAUAUUCUAAUGACCACAGCUAUAAUCUUUACUUUCAAUUGAUUUACUCAUUAAAUUCUAGUGUAUACCACUCAUAUGAUGGUUGUAUAGAUGUUCUGCCUUUCUAUGGGUUUUCUGUGUGAGAAACCCCUUUGAUGCUAAGCCACGAAGAUCCUCAAAUCCUUGAAAUGCGAAAGUUCUUAGCGUUUUGGCAAAGCAAACCCUGAUCUUCAUAUUUGUAAAUCCCUGCUCACAGACAAGUGUUUUUUUAAUUUUUAAAGCUGAAGAAUAAAGCAAACAGAAAUCUGA